UAGGAUUGGAGCUCUGACCGUGGUCGUCGAUACGGUGAACAUGGGUUAUAACGACUAACGGUGUUGGCGCUAUAGAGUAAAAUAAGAAGAAGGAGGAGGAAGAAGAGGAAGAGGAGGCAGCAGCAUUAGCAGUCAUGGCGGAAUUUCUUACCGACCCGUCUGUGUUGACUAAAGACAAGCUAAAGAGCGCGCUGGUGGCUAAUAACGUGUCCCUGCCUAACGGAGAGCAGAAGAAGGGCGUGUAUGUGGAGCUGUAUCUAAAGAAGCUGACGUCUCAGAACAAGACCAACACUGAGGUGUUCUCCAGUGAUGAAGAGCCUCCAGCAGCUCGCUCCGGCAGGAAAGCCACCAGGAAAACAGAUCGAGUUCGUCCUGAGGAGAUCGACGUCACCGAACUGACCGACGAGGACCUGAAGGACCGGCUGCAGAAGUACGGGGUCAACGCCGGACCCAUUGUAGCGUCCACCCGUAAAGUGUACGAGAAGAAGCUGCAGAAGUUACUGGACCUCGGUCCACCUCAGACCACCGUCAUCACCUCGUCCGAGCAGAUUCAGACCAACAACAGCCGUAACGGGAACACCGACUCGGAUCAGUACAGUGAUAAAGAGGAAGAAACAACGGCAGCUGAACCAGAACCGGAACCAGAACCUGUCCCCAUGGUAGAGACGACGCUGAGGAGCCGAGGAAAAACCCCAGUGACCACCAGAACUCGGAGCACUCAUCAGAAGGAGGAAGAUGAGGAGUCAGAGGAAGAUGAUGUUCUGCUGAAUGUUGAGAGGAGGUCCCGGAGGUCUUGUCGCCGACUGGAUCACUCUGUUCCUGAUCCUGUUUCAGAAACUGAGAUGCUGCCGGUUCUGAGAGAGAGAAAAAGAAUUUCGGCGAUACCUAAGGACCCUAAGCCGCUGAUAGCGGACACACUGCCGAUGUUUCCCUCGGUAAGCGAAGACGGCUCGUUCGAGUCUCCGGACUUUCGCACGGCUUCUCUCCGUGCAGCUGCAGAGCGUUACCAUGGAGACGCUUCCACUGACAAGUUUUGUAAAAGGCUUCAUGUCUCUGUGAAGACUGCGGAACCACAUCAGCCUCCAUCACCAACCUGGCAGCAGGGAAAAAAGUUUAGCGAAAGAGUUGCUGCUUUGCCUAAAAGGUCGAGUGAGGAAAUAGAGCUUUCGGUCCUCGAUACCGCUCUCCUGGAGGUCGGUCCACGUGAGGUUCUGAGCUCUACACCCGUUCAUGUGGGCUCGUCUCAGGAGCUUAAAUCCGUCUCGGCGCUCAAGCGCACAGCACGGCCUGAUCCUCCUCAUUCAGCUACGACUCCACCGUCCAGAGAUCUGAUCCACGGGAUGUGCUACCGUUCACCUUCUCCAACCGAUUCUCCUCACCGUCCAGCUCGGGAUCUUUACGUCACAAAGAGCUCGGCCGGCGUGAAGGAGCGAUCAGUCGGUUGUGCCGCAGCAGUACAGAGACAAACCGAUGGCUUCUUCUCUCCAGUUACCCCGGUUCAGGGGCAAGACCGCAGACUCAGAGACCAAACCCCAGGAGGACUGAUCGAGAAGUUAUCAGCUGUAGAACAGACCCCAAAAACCUCAGAGAGAAACGUGCUGAAGGACCUGUUCCCUAACGAGGUUCUCAACACUCCUACAGGAAUCAGUGCGACCCGUCGGCAGCCGAUUAAAGGAGCAGCUGGUCGGCCCUUCAGUGACCCCUGGCAGGACAGCCUGCGUCCACGUCUGACCGAGCACAGAUACACCACUUCGUCCUACACAGAGAGCCGAUCUGCCCCUCGCGUCAGUGCCGCCCCUCUGUCCGUCCCCCCGUCUGUGCCUAAAUCCACAGCGCCCCCGAUUGUUCCGGCCAAAGCGAGACGCAGAGUGCCCGUGUGGGUGCAGCUGCUGCUCCUCGCCGCUGUCGCCGGCUUCCUGCUGUUUGUCUACCAGGCCAUGGAGAGCAACCAGAUGAAUCCGUUCGUGCAGCCCAGCCUGGAAAACUCCGGAAAAUGAACAGUCUCUGUCUCUAACGUACCUUUAAAACACCAGGCAUUUAAAGACUUUUCUCUUUCCUGCACAUGGUUUUUCUAACUCGCCCUGUCCGGAGAAGCGUCCAGAACCGGACAGGGUUUAGAGUUUGCGUUGUGUUUUCUGAUCAGAUCUCAAAAGGGGCUCUGUUUGGUGCUAAGUUUGUAAGCAGCUUCAGAACGAAAGCUAGAAUUAAGGACAAGCCAAAGGAGUAACGUCUCUGUGUAUUUUUAUGUUUUGGGAUUUAUUAUAUAUAGCAAAUAAAGCAUAAUUAAUCCGAUUUAUGAGUUUAAUAAGUCACAGCACGGCCUUAACCUGAACUCGGGAUGCAGACGUAUAGAGGGACAAGUGCGCGUGCGCGCACACACACACACACACACACACGUUAAUACUAGAUUACUGGUUUCAUUAUCAUGAAUUACCAACAUAACGCGACUCGUCCUGAAAAAGUCGACGCAUCCCCAAACCAAACCCCGCCUCCUAACUAACUCCUUAUUUCUCAGUGUUAUCGUCUCGAGUCUUUUCAUAUUCAUCUCUGAAUUAUAUUUGCUAUAUAUUAAGGCACAAGCUCGCCGGCCACUUUAUUAGGAACAUCUACACAUCGUGUCGUUUCACAGAUCAGCCAAUCGUUUAACAGCAGCACGUUGGACCAAACUGAUCUGAUCUGAUGGGUUGUUUGUUUGUUUUUAAACUCCCAACAUUCUGAUUAAACUCGUGUGUGUGUGUGUGGAUGAUUUCAUGCAUGGUGGUACCUGAUUGGCUGAUUGGGUGUUCCUAAUAAAGUGCUCAAGUGUAUCUCUUGGCUCACUUUUGAUUAUAUGCAAUAUAUUUCUAUCUGUUUAUUAAUCAGAAUUUCAAAAUAAAAAAAAUUGUCAACGGCACCAAAAAAUCCUGAUUGAUUUGAUGAAUUCUCAUCAAACCGAAUUUCGGCGAUCGUCCACGGUUUCUGAGCCGUUCAUCAACUUUCUAAGAUUUAGUAUUUACUCUUAAUGAUGGUAUUUAUUGAGGGAGGUUUGUUUAGGAGACUGGAGCUGAGAUGAGACACGAGGCUUCUCUGUUAAACUGAGGGUUUUUAUACUGUAGACCACAUCAUGUGAUUUGUAAUGAAAUAAAAGUGUUUACUUCAUAUCAAA